GGGCACCGGAAGUUCCGGUUCCCGUCAGCGGAGCGCUGGGCCUGGUACGGCGGUGUGCAGGUGGGGGGCGGCGCCGCCCCGCGGGCUCGGCUCGGCCCUGCGAGGUGUAGGCGGCGGCGGAAGGGAGGCGAGGGCGGCGGGGGACGGCCCGGGGCUGGGGAGCGGCGGGUCGGGGCGCGGCUUUGCGUGGGGAGGGCCGCGGGCGCUGCCGUGGAGCCGCCCGGAACGGCGGAGCGCCGCCGUUUCCGGGGUGUCGGGCCGUGUCCCCGGGAGACGGGGCUGCGGGCUCAGGGUGAGCCGCUCCGGCCGCACUGGGGCUCGGCGGCGUUCCCGCGUGUGCGCGGGGCUCCCGAGGCCCCGGAUUCUGUGGUGAACGUCUCGCAGCCGCCGGUUGUGCUGUCUUGGUCUUCUUACAGUGAAUCACCUGUUUCUGGAAACCUACCAGACAAGGAAAACAUGUGGGGAGACCAUCGACAAGGCAACAGGACGGGAUCAUUCCGUGGGAGCCAAGAAGAAAGGUUUGCUCCCGGGUGGAACAGGGACUAUCCUCCUUCCCUUGAUAGUCUUGCUCAAGAAAGACACUCUGGCAACUUCUCUGGCAGAGAAUCACUUCCUUUUGAUAUCCAGGCACUCGCAGGCCUCCUCAAUCCUCAGUUUGCCAACAGAGAGGAACCUUCUUUCAGCUUUGGAGCUAGAGAUGGACCACGUAGUGACUUCAGAGGUGGGGAGGGGCACCACGAUUUCAGGGGCAGAGACUUCCCACCGUCUGACUUUCAGAGCAGAGAUGAGUCUCAGCUGGAUUUCAGAGGUAGGGAGCCACCCCCUUCUGAGUACAGGGGCAGGGAUAUGUACUCCGGAGACUUUCGGGAGAGAGAAGGGCCACCUAUGGACUUCAGGGGUGGGGACAUUCCUCCAGUGGACUACAGAAACAGGGAGACGUUCCGUAUGAAUUACAGGGACAGGGAAGCGCAUAGCAUGGACUAUAGGGGUAGAGAUGAGCCUCCAUCAGACUUCAGGGGAAGGGGAUCUUUUGAUCUGGACUUCAGAGGUCGAGAUGGAUCUCAUUCAGACUUCAGGGCAAGGGAUGUGCCUGAGUUAGACUACAGGGGCAGAGACCAUUCCUAUUCAGACUUCAGAAACAGGGAUGUACCUGAUUUGGACUUCAGAGGUGUGGGCACCUCUGAUUUGGACUUCCGAAACAGAAAUGCACCAUCGUCAGAUUUCAGAAAUAGGCACAGGUCCCGGUCUGAUCAGGACUUUAGGAGCAGAGAUAUGCCUCCUCCUAUGGACUUUUCAGACAGGGAAAUGCCUCCUGUGGAUCAAAGCCUUGUAGAUUUUAGACGCAACCAAUCUACCAUACCUUUAGCAGAAAGAGAGGGCUCUGGUUUAAACACCGGCAAGAGAGAGGAGCCUGCGCUUGGUCUGGAAAGAACUCCUUUUGGUAGUCAGAAAGGUGAAUUUCAACACUCGGAAGCACCAGCCAGAGAAGAGGAAUCCCUUGGAUUGGGUCUCAAAGACAACGCUUCACACAAUUUCCAAAAUAGCCGUGGACCUCUUCCUGCUCUUCAGGACCAAGAGGAGCAACCUCAGACCUUUGCUAACAAGCAGCAACAGCAGCAGCAGCUUUCUGGGGGGGAGCAGCAAAGAUCCGAUUCUGAUCUUGGGUUAAAGGGUGAAGAUGACCUGGAUUUCCUUGGAAGGCAAGAUACAGACUACCGAAACAUUGAGUAUCGUGAUGUGGAUCACCGCCUGCCAGCAUGUCAGUUGUUUGACUAUGAACAUGGCAAGUCAUUUUCAGAAGGAAAGCCCAGCAAAGAUUCUAGGCCCUAUAAGAGCCUUCAGGACCAAGAUUACCGGACCUGCCCUGAAUUCGUGAAGCCAAGCAAGCUCAUUCGGCUAGGAGGAGUGCCUGAAACUGCCACGAAGGAUGAUAUCCUCAAUGCUUUCCGAGGGCCAGAUGGGAUGCCUGUGAAGAACUUACGACUGAAGGAUUACAGUUCAGGUUACGACUAUCGCUAUGUCUGCGUGGAGUUUUCACUCUUGGAAGAGGCCAUCGGAUGCAUGGAAGCCAACCAGGGAACUCUUACGAUUGGUGGUGAAGAAGUGACCCUUGAGUACACCCUAUGCCCAGAGUUCUGGCGCUGCAAACGUUGCAAAGUGUGUAAUGUGGGCUACAGAUCUUCCUGCUCCUAUUGCAAGCUCCCGAGAGAUGGGAACAGAGCAGGCUCAGAGUCGAAAGGUGGUCCUGAGGGAGAAGAUGCAUCAUCUGAGCAAGAAUUCACAGCAGAGACAAAGCUUGAAAAACCUGAGCAAGAGUUACCAGUACAACCAGGAUCUCCAAAGCAACCUCUCCAGGCCUCAGAUCCUGCUCCACAGCAGGAGUGCCAGCCUCAAGAACAGGAGCCAAGGAAAAGAGAUGAAGGGAGAGAACGGCGGCCCUCGCAGGAGAAGAGGAGGGACACGGACAGGCACCAGGAGCUGCCUUCUCAGAGGGAAGGAGAGGAAGCCACACCACAGGAAGGCGGAGGAAGCAGAACAAUCAUGCUGAAGCGUAUUACUCGAUUCACCCCACCAGAAGUGAUUGUGGGGCUGCUGGCUCCAUAUGUGCGUAUCUCCACAUCCAACGUGCGCAUCAUGAAGAACAAAGCUGGCCGGAUGGGGCAGACCUACGGCUUCAUUGAACUGGAUUCACAUGCUGAGGCACUGAGGUUGCUGAAGAUACUGCAGAAUCUGGAUCCCCCUAUCUGCAUUGAUGGACGUACACUGGAAGUGAAUCUUGCUACAGGGAGGAGAAGGAAUGACUACGGGGAGCAUGGAGACAACUCCUACUAUAACCAGGGCAGGAGAGGCAUGAGAGACAGGAGGGGUGGCGAAUCACAGAGACGCACCAGAGCACAGUCUCCAUCAGAUGUGUCCACAUACAUUUAUGAUCCCGAAACUGGGAAUUACUACGAUCCCAUAGCUGGAACAUACUAUGACCCCAGGACUCAGAGAGAAGUCACAAUAGACCGAGAACCGUGCUCAUCGCCUCCAGAGAACAGAAGGAGGCGACAUGAGAGCCAAGAACGGACAAGUGAAAGGAAGGAGCCACAUAGCAGGGACAACAGGGACAAAAAGGAGAAAGGGAAAAAUACUCCUGCCAAGAAUGAGCCUGGGGAGGAGAGGUUCUUCACAGAAGAUGUCUUCAAAAAGCCAUUACCACCCUCUGUGAAAAAGGAUGAAACUGCAGGCCUGAAUGACUGUGGAGAGGAGAAGUUCUUUGCAGAAGAUGUCUUUAAAAAACCAUUACCUCCCUCUGUGAAAAAGGACGAGAGUGCAGCCCGGCCCAAGGUGGUGAACCCUCUGAUAGGUCUUCUGGGAGAAUACGGCGGAGACAGUGACAAUGAAGAGGAGGAGGAAGAGGAGGAACAGGCGCAGUGGCUGCCAUCUCCUCACCCACCAGCACAGCGCGAGGAGCAGCCGAGAAGGGCCAAGGCCGGCGACGACAAGCUGACUGACUGGAACAAGCUGGCCUGCUUGCUGUGCAGGAGGCAGUUUCCCAACAAGGAAGUGCUCAUCAAGCACCAGCAGCUCUCCAACCUGCACAAGCAAAACCUGGAGAUACAUAUGAAGAUCAAACGAUCUGAGCAGGAACUGGCAUAUUUGGAGAAGAGAGAGCGUGAGGGGAGAUAUAAAGACAAAGGAAAUGACCGGAGAGAGAAAUUCCAGCAGAUGGAUUCACCAGAGAGGAAACGAUUCAGAUACGAUCGGGGCCCAGAGAGUGACUAUGACCCAAGGAUUGACAGUAACAACAAAGGAAACCGAAUGUUGCAGUCCACAGGGUGGAAAAAGGGCUUCGGUCACAACCAGCAGGGUACAACAUCACCAAUGGAGGCAGAAAAUCGGAAGAGGGGACCUGGCCUGGGGGCCCAAGGGAGGCCCAACAGGAGGCAGUCCAAUGAGACCUACCGCGACGCCGUCAGGAGGGUGAUGUUUGCCCGCUAUAAGGAACUUGAGUAAAUGGUGGACAAAACCCCAAGCCCGUCUCCCAUCUCUGUCUCUUUCUCUGUGUAAUGUUCUCUUGGGGUUGGUUUUUUUUUUUUUUUUUUUUGUUGGGUUUUUUUGUUUGUUUGUUCGUUUGUUUUUGAAUUGUUACAGGUUUUGCUGCUAGAUUUUUUUUAAUAAAACUGAAAAUUUGUCA